AUGAGAGGUGUCAUGGCUGGCAAGGCUGAGGCCAGGAGGAAUUUUUGUAAGGUCCGCGAGGAAGAUAAAUUGGAUGGUGCCCUCGCCGUGUUCAGCAAACGAAUCGACCACCAUCAGCAAAGAGCCUUGACUAAGGAGCUCGACCUCCCUCCUCCCCGUCCUGGGAUCUUCAAUACCUCCUUGCGUUCUUCCGGUCAACUUGCAGAGGCCACUUCCCCCACCGCCAACAUGGCUCCGUACAUACAGGAGCCGGACAUGCUGUCCAGCUCUGGGUACUGGGUUGUAGAUAGGAGGAUUAUGAUUGCAAUACCCGAUUCCAGCGACCACGUGGAUCCACAAAGGCUUGCUAUUGAAUCACCGAAGCAUGUCAUCAAACACUCGCUGAUGGAGGCAAAUCCACCGCUUGAUACAAUCCAUGACCUAUCAUUUGGGGUGGAACUAAAGUUCUUGCUCCCUCUCCUUGUCCAGGGUGAAGAAGAUCCGCAACCUGAAGACCACAGAGAGGUCAGCAUGACACAGCUGAAAGACAGCGAAGCCACUCGGCGGGAACAGAUUUAUGAAUCCAUCGCCAAAUCGAUAAGCCAAGCGGGGGAGAAGUCGACAACCAUCUCUCGAAUCACAAAAGAUGCAAGCCAUGAGCGAGCAUUCUGGAAGUCGCACUGGAUCGUGAAGAAAGCCAACUCGGCCGAACCCACACCAGAGCAAGCCAAUCUAGAGGGCUAUGUGUGGCUGUCUGUCGAAGUAAGCUCGCCAUCACUGCCAGCCAAAGAUGCCGAGACCAAGCAUCGGAUCGAGGCAGUAUUGCGCUCGCUCUUUUCGGGCCACCGUCUGGUCGCAAACUACACUUGCGAAGUGCACGUCCACAUCGGACGCACAGACGGACAGCCUUUCAGUCUGGCCACUUUAAAAAGACUAGGGACGCUGCUGUGGAUGGGCGAAGAGCAGAUCCGGAGUAUCAGAAAUCCAAGGUCGCCCAACUAUCACAAUGUGUAUACGUGGGGAUUCGAGACACGAAAGUACAGUCGCCUGGCUUCGAGGGCUCAAGAACUCGUACUCCGAGAGCAUGGGUCGGCGACUUGCCAAGACGGGGUGCUGGUCGAAGAUUGGCAGGUGGCCGACGUGCUCAAAACCCAUCCGGAAAUGCAGGCCAAGGACCGAAAGGCCAUCGAGGAGCUGUGGAAAGCAGAAUCGCAUAUGGAGCUGGGACGGUUGUUGUCGGGAGAAAAGAAGCCCUAUCGACGACUCGGUUUCAACUUUAGCGCCUUCGGUUUGGAGGACGAACGGGCGCGAAACAACCCUCGGACCAUGGAGUUCCGCAUGAUGGAAGGAACAACCAACAUCAAUUACAUACUGGGCUGGCUGUCCAUCUGCAGUGCCUUGGCUGAGGUGGCGGUCUUGAGGUCGGACGGUCGGUACCUCAUGGUGUUGGAUCGGUUGAUAGGACACCGACACGCCCGGUCACGGUCAGUUGGAGCUCGGCGAGAGACCGAUUCGGAGACGCAGGGGCAGAGAUGCGGUCGAGAGUUUCGAGAGAUGAUGGAUGACCUGGGUGUUCCACGAGACCUCUAUCGAGAUCUAGAAGCGAAGGUGACACUAGAUAACGAAGUAUGA